GGACUCCUCCCUCACUUGCUGUAUCGGGGGCGGUGCUUGAAGUUUAGAGGCGCUUGAAGGUGGUUUGAGCCAAGCAGGGCGCCGGCGGGCGGCCGUGGGGGAAAGACGCGACGACGACGACAGCCUCCCCCCCGUCGCCCCAUUUUCCAUUUUUCUCCCGACGCGCCUUCCUCUUGUGGGCUCCGCGGCGGCCUGAGGGGCGUCGUCCCCCCACCACUCUCGGCCGCCCCCCUCCCCUGGCAGCCCACCCAGCUGGGGUUGAGAGGCGGGUGCGAGAAAAGGGCAGGGGCGCCAGGACGGUUGCUGGGCUGGCUCACCCACCCUCGUCAGGCCAGGCGGGUCUACUCAGAAGUAAGCCCCAUUGAGUUCAUUGGGACUUACUUCCAAGGGUAGAUGGGUUUGCAUGACACUUUCCGUGCACUAAGGCAGUUCCAUGUCUUGUUUGGACUGUUCCUGUAUUCUGCGGACACAAGUUGAAUCUUUUGGAGUAGAAAAGGACACUGACAGCAGCAGCAGUGGAGACCUGACAGAUGAACCAGCCAUAUGUUGGAGCCAGCCAACUCAAAUAGGAGAUGAACAAAUAUUGUGGUCCUCUGAUGUGUCCCACUAUGAUCUCCAGAUGGAAAUAGGAAAGGGAAGCAACGACUUAACUUCAAUCUACCUCGCACGUCAUAUCCCUACAGGAACAUUAGUGGCUGUAAAGAUUACCGAUCUGGAAAAAUGUUCUGAAGAGCACUUGAACGCUUUACAAAAUGAGGUGAUAUUAUCCCACUCCUUCCGACAUCCCAAUAUCUUGACUCUUUGCGCAGUAUUCACAUCUGGAAGCUGGCUUUGGAUUAUUUCACCUUUCAUGGCCUAUGGCUCAGCGAGUCAUCUCCUGAGAACGUACUUCCCUGAAGGUAUGAGUGAAGCUUUGAUUGGAAAUAUCCUGUUUGGAGCAAUUAGUGGCUUAAGCUACAUGCAUCAGCAUGGCUACAUUCACAGAAGUAUUAAAGCUAGCCACAUAUUGAUUUCAGGGGAUGGCCUAGUUUAUCUCUCCGGCUUCAACCACCUUUGCAGUCUAGUCAGCUGUGGCCAACGGUUAAAAGCUGUGUAUGAUUUCCCACAGUUCAGUACCUCGAUGCUUCCUUGGUUGAGUCCUGAGCUACUGAGGCAGGAUCUGUAUGGAUAUAAUGUGAAGUCUGAUAUCUAUAGUGUGGGCAUUACCGCCUGUGAACUAGCUAAUGGACACGUACCUUUUCAGGAUAUGCCUCGGACACAGAUGCUGUUGCAGAAGCUUAAAGGUCCAUCUUAUUGUCCUUGGGCAACAAAUACUUUCCCACGUGGCGAAUCCAGAAUAAAAAAUUCCCGUUCAGGGAUUGACUCUGGAAUUGGUGAAAGUAUGACACGUACAAUGACAAGUGAGAGACUGCAGACACCACCAAAAACCUUCUCCCCUGCUUUCCACAACUUGAUAGAACUUUGUUUGCAUCAGGACCCAGAAAAAAGGCCAUCAGCAAGAGGUCUGCUAUCACAUGCUUUUUUUAAGCAGGUAAAAGAACAAACAAAGGCUUCCUUCCUUUCCCUUUUGCCUCCUCCCAUCCAGUACACUCCAUCACAAACAGCAGCUGUGCCUUCAGCAGCCCUCUGGACCCAGCCUGGAGGGUCUUGGCCAAGUGGAAGAGAGAUGCAUUGGGAAUCCUAAAGAUGUGAAAUCAUACCUCUGACAUCUCUCUCUGUGAAAAAAAAGUUGUGAUUUCUUUGCUGCUUUUGUUUUUAUAAUUUUAACAUUCAAAUAAUCAUGAUAUACUUGAAAAUUUUAAUUCUCUGUACAGAUGAUGCUUUUAUGGGGAGGAAAUGCCUCCCAAAGUGAUACUAGGUGAAUAACCUUUACUUCUUUAAUAGCCAGAAAUGUCAAUAUACAGUACUCUUAAGCAUUUCCCCCUUAUUCUUGUAACUAUAUUGUAACAGUGCCUAUUUUGUAAUAAAAUUCUUGCUUGGUAUGACACACCUGUACUAUUACCACAUUUGAAAUAUUUAAUCUGAAAAACUGUCUCUGCACUCAGUGUUUUGCUCUGCUAUUCAUUUCUAUAUCACCAAGUUUAUAAAAAUGUUUUCUUAUAAAAACAAGUGCCUUUUCUUACUUCAAAAAGAGACAGUGUGGAAACCUGGGGGAAACCUUGUGCCUCUUCCUACAGAAACCUCUUCCUACAGUUGGAGUA